UUCCAAUCCGUUUUAGACUCUUACACAAGUCUAGCCUCGAGCAUUCUAAACAGCUCUUUGAACAGURAGYCACUAUGUCUUUUUUCCUAAAGCUAUCAGCCUCUCUCGUGUUUCUUUUGAAUGUCUUAGACAUCAAUUCUUGCCAUUCGUCUUACCCUCCAAACUACGACAGGGAAAAAGGUCUUCUUUUUGACUUUUAUCCUGCUCAAAAGCUAAACCUUCCAAAGGGAGCAAUGAAGAAAACCAAGUAUGUUGCUGAUAACAUGGAAUGUGUGUUCGAAUGCAUGGGUGUCCAUUGGUGCCGUUCAAUCAAUUUUAAAAUCGCUCCUCGAUCGAACGGUCUCCACGCCUGUCAACUGAUUUCAUCCGAACAGUUCUCUGGGAAAGAGUACAUGGAUCCUAACAAGGCGUACAAUCAUUAUAGUGUCAAGAAUCCAUGUCAAGAAAAACCCUGUCUUAAUAAUGGUACAUGCAUAUUCCAAGAGAACAGGCAAAAUUAUCACUGCGAGUGCCGUGARGGAUUUGACGGAGAKCACUGCGAGAAAGAUUUCAAAGCAAAGUUUACAAAUCUUGGUGCUAGUGGACGCUAUGGUCCUUUUUCUAAUGGUGGUCACUACAAUGGUCAGGAUCAUCAAGGACAAGUUACUCUGUCAUCGGGAAUCCAGAUCUGGACAGUGCCAUUCACUGGUAGUUAUAGAAUAGAAGCAGUCGGUGCAAGUGGUGGUUAUGACAACAUAGCAAAUUCACGGUCAUAUCGAGGUCGAGGUGCUCGCAUGAUUGGUACUUUUGCAUUAAGAAAGGGAGACCGCAUUAAGAUACUGGUUGGUCAAGAAGGAGGUGUAAAUGCAAAAUCUCGGGCAUCUGGAGGAGGAGGUGGAAGCUUUGUGGCAAAGUAUGACAACAGACCAUUGAUUGUUGCUGGAGGAGGAGGUGGUAUAGAAAGCGCUACGAAGCACCAUUCUCGUUCGGACGGCACUGUGUAUACAUCUGGAAAUCCUGGGUCUGGUGGAAGUCAAUGGGCUGGUGGAAAAAAUGGCCAAGGAGCCACAAAGGCUGACAGUGGCAAUUCAGGUGGAGGUGGAGGUGGCUUUUAUUCAUCUGGUCGCAGCAGCAAGCAAUUUGGCGGAUCUUUUGGUUACGGUGGAGAAGGWGGAAAAGGAUUCUUACAGGGAGGUGUUGGAGGAAGGCCCAGAAAGUAUGGCAUUGGUGGCUUUGGAGGGGGUGGAGGUGCUUACGGAAAUGGCGGUGGCGGAGCGGGUGGUGGUGGGGGAUAUUCAGGAGGGGCUUGUGGUGACAAUAACGGUGAUUCUUCUGGAGGAGGGGGAGGGUCAUAUAAUAGUGGAUCAGAUCAAAGCAAUACAUGCUGCUACAACAGCCACGGUCAUGGCUAUGUUCUCAUUUCUGCAGUUUGAAAUGAAAUUUAACUUGAAAUUUACUUUAGAAUGCAUACUAGUUUAGUGACUUAAUUUUCACAAUUUUCGAUUUUAAUUCUCUUUUGGUGCAUUUUACUGUGAUUACUGUCAACAGUUUAAAUUGUAAGCAAAUGUUAAGGUGGGUCAUAAAUAAAACGCUUGAGUAAUCCUGA